UGAGCCGAUUUGAACACACUCCGAAGAAGUUUGUCCAUUUCCGCUUUCCGUAGUGUAACAUUUCUGGUCACCUACAUGUGGUGUUUACAGGAAUGGUAAUAUUUAUUAUGUGGUGAAAGACAUAAUCGUCCUCGACAAGUUGUUUGCAUAUGUCCUUUUAAAGGUGAAGAAUGGCAGAACACGCCCCCUCUGUAGCCCUCGAGGCUGUGCUGAAAACCACCAGCGACUUACCUGAGGACUUACCGAAAAUUAGAGGCUACGACUUCAACCAGGGACUUGAUCUCCAGGCUGUGCUGAAGUCCUACCUCACCACAGGCUUCCAGGCCAGCAGCCUCGGUUUGGCCAUCCAAGAAAUCAACCGCAUGAUCGAGAAGCGCCUCGAGCCAAUUCCAGCAGAGGAAAAUGAAUGUAAAGCAUCAGGUGAUGCACCUCGCCGACCAGGCUGUACUAUAUUCCUGGGAUACACUUCAAACCUGAUUAGCUCUGGAGUCAGGGAGAGCAUUCGAUACCUGGUAGAACACAAAAUGGUGGAUGUGAUUGUGACCACAGCAGGUGGCAUCGAGGAGGACUUGAUCAAGUGUCUGGCUCACACAUACCUUGGAGAUUUCAGCCUCCCUGGCAAGGAGCUUCGCCUAAGAGGUAUCAACAGGAUUGGCAACCUACUGGUGCCCAAUGAUAACUACUGUAAAUUUGAAGACUGGCUCAUACCCAUCUUGGACCAGAUGCUGUUGGAGCAGAACACACAGGGUGCAUGUUGGACACCUUCUAAAAUGAUCCACCGGCUUGGCAAGGAGAUCAAUAAUACUGACUCAGUCUACUACUGGGCGUACAAGAAUAACAUCCCAGUAUUCAGUCCCGCGUUGACAGAUGGCUCCCUUGGUGAUAUGAUAUACUUCCACUCCUAUAAGAGCCCCGGCCUUGUACUGGACAUCGUGGAAGAUAUACGAAGGUUGAACACCCAGGCGGUACAUGCCAACAAAACAGGAAUGAUCAUCCUGGGUGGUGGGUUGGUCAAGCAUCAUAUAGCCAAUGCCAAUCUCAUGAGAAAUGGUGCCGAUUACAGUGUGUACGUCAACACAGGCCAGGAGUUUGACGGCUCAGACUCUGGCGCCCGGCCCGACGAGGCUGUGUCCUGGGGCAAGAUCAGAACAGACGCCAAACCUGUGAAGGUAUACGCUGAUGCCUCCUUGGUGUUCCCCUUGAUUGUGGCCGAGACGUUCGCUCUCCACGCUGACAAGCUAAUCGCAGGCAAGAACAUGGAGUGAAUGGACAGAAGUAAACAGCAGCCCAGGACUUUGUCUUAUUAAAGACAACAGUCAGCCACUUUCCCUCUGCUUUUACACCAGGUAAACUUUUCCAAGCACCGCAGCAUUCCUGUGGGAACAAUGCUGCCAUGUAGAAACGAGACCACAUGAUGUCUCUUUGCUUGACGCAGACAAUAAUUACUUGUUAGGACAAGUAGUUUUACUCUUAUUCAGAGGGCUGAAAUAACAUCGUCGCAUGCUGUGGCACGCACGCAUCCUUAUCUUAACCGCAAAAUCAUGAUGUCAGAUUGUCGUUUUUUUUUUACUGCUGAAAGGAAAAUUGGAUAUUUUCAGAAGAUAUCACGAGUCACACAUGCAAUGCUUUAUUUCACAAUGUUUUGAAUAGUAUUGCAUUUUCCUAGUCAUUUAUUUGUUGCACAUUUAUUUGUUUGGAUAAUACAACUACUUUACCAUUUAGUAUGAUUAAACCUUUUAGAGGGAUAAAUCCCGGCGUAAGGGGGAAAUAAAAUAAACUUUUAUUUUAGGACAUGUCCACACAAAUACGGAUAUAAAACCUAUAUUUUCUCUUCCGAACACCAAUGAAGGGUUUUGUCCUUAAUAAAAACUUUUGGAAAAUGGAGUUUCAAUCAAGUAAAUCCAAUCUUGUCUCAUGGUAUCAAUCAAGUCCAGCUUGUGUGUGUGUGUGUGUGUGUGUUUUUGUGUGACCGAGUAAACAGUAGGGGUGUCAUGAGACACUUGGUUCAUGAGAUGAGAUUUUAAUUUAAGAAAAGUACAAUUUAAACAUCUAAAAAGCAUAUGACUAUAUAUUGCAAUGUACUCAUUUAAUUUCUACUAAGUUAUCUAGCCUUGCUCCUCACAAGGCUACACCCUUCAGCACUGUGUGUAUGCCAGCAGCUCCGCCUCCACCCACUGAGACGAAGAGACUAAGUUGUGCCAAGUUGCUGAAACCAGUACACACAGUGAACCCUCUCUUGUUUGGAGCCGAGAGAAGGAAAACGGACACAUAUGCACAGGGCAAUAUAUUAAGGCCAGUUCAUGUUCAUUGAUUGUGUGAUGAAUUAAUUCAUGUAUUAUUGUCCUAGGCUUACUGCCUCACGAGAUGUGUUUUUGUGAAUGAGAAAUUUAACUACGUUUUAAUCUUGAUACUCUUAGUAAACAUAGGGUUUUGUUUUGUGUCAUUUUCUGUUUUUAAACAAAAGAACACUAAGUUAUUGACUUACGCACGGGCAAUAAAAAAAACAUGGUUCCUGGACUUUUGGUAAGUGAACAGGCUAUUUUUUUAAGUCCACUCUUGUGGAUGGAGACUGUUUUGAGGUGGGACUGUGCAUUUUUGAAAAUAUCCGUGUUCGUGUGGACAUAGUCUUAGAUGUGGCUUUGGCUUUUACCUCGGUGAAUAAUACAUGAGUCUUAAUGACAAAAUGAAGGGACAUGAAGGAGCUUUGCAUUUCAACUAAUGGCAUUGGGCUUGUGUUGGAGAAAAAAUGUGCUGCCUUUCAACAUCUCAGAAAAAAAAGACAUGUUUGAAUUUCAGUCGCAAGAAAUCCUUGAACUUUCUGUUUUGAAUAAACGAAAGAGGAGUAAACUACGAUUUUCUCAGCUUGAAUUCACAACUGGGACCACCUCUCUUCACUUUGGUUGAUUGAAUUUGUUCCCGCCCAGACGACAUACAGUUACUUCAAACUCAUUUUCUCAAGAACCACAUAAUCAAGUCAUGGUGAGGAAGACAUUUCCCAUUGAGAUAAAUCAGUCUGCUGUUGUGGCAGUAAUAGUUCCUGUGCCUAAUCACGCUUCCCGUAUCCUCAUAUUGUUUUCAUAACCAUCUUAUUCACUUUUUUUAUUGUUUUUUUAAAAGCCCAAUCAUGGACACUUUUUUGCGGUAUGUUUGCAAAACCAGAUUUUCCACGCUUCUAUAGUUUUUUUCUUUUUUUGAUGGAAAUGAGUGGAAUAGGAACUGUGACACAGUCAACUUUCCCAAAACCUGAGCCCAAAAUGCGACACACACACACACGUACACACAAAUUGGGUGUUCCUUUCCCACUUUCCAGUCAACCCAUUUCCUAUGGAUUGAGUGCACAUUUUUUCCCAAUGCAGUGGUGCUGGGUUAUAUGUAUAGCAGUGGAAUAGAAAUAUGUUAGGGGAGGUCAGAUUUAGUUGAUAAACUAUACCAGGGACAUUCCUACUCAUACACUGUACGGUUUUAGAAGUGUUUUUUUUAAAAACGAUUUCUGCCUGCAACUUAAUAUCAAGUUUAAGAUAAGAUGAAAGGGGACCUAUUAAGGCUUUUCCACUUUUCUGACUUAUAAAUGUAGUUAGAAUGUUGUAUUCUCGUGUUAAACCAUGCCAAAGUUUCAGAUAAUGAGGUUUGCACAUUUGGAAGUGAGCCCUGAAAGAAGUUUGGGAUGGCUCAAAACGCUCGGUUUGAAAAGGCGUGGUAAAACUGCCCCUUUGUGAUGUCACAGAGGGAUGGACUUCCUUGUGGUUUAUAGUUAGGAAGUACUUUGGCCGUGUGAGUAAUCACAGCGGAGUUGGCAUGCUCGGAGGUGGGCUGUGGGUGAAAUAAAUUAAAACAGACCGUUUUGUCAGGAAGUACAAAUCAAAGGAAAUACAGCUGGAAUAGGUGCAGAUUCUGGAAAAUCUAAAAAGUUUUCUGUGGUUUGCAUGUAACUUGUUCAGUAUAAAAUGAAUAAAAGAAAUAAGAUAAAAGGAAAAUACACGUAGAAAAUUAAUUAAUAAAUACAAUUCAAAGUUGUAAAAAUUACCAGGAAUAUUAUGCAGCAAUAGAUACAGUAAGUACAUUACAGUACCUUAUUUGAAUAAUAAAAAGACAAUAAAUGGCAUCGACACACACCGACUCCCUUCUUAACAUUAGUUUUGCCAACUGUUCAGAUGUUGGGAUGCCAGAUGUUCGUUCAUUUUGUGCAGAUGAAAAUCUGGUAGUAACUUGUAAUCAAUGCUAAGUGUGUUUGUGAGUCGGAGUCACGCUAUGGUAAUGUCGUGCGGCAUCUGCACACAGCAG